AAUUUCAAUUCCUAGCAAUUUGAAUAUUUACUUUUUGACCUGAUAUAAUGUCAAGAUAAACAUGACAGUGUUGAUAAUGGACUAGAAAUGUCGUGUUAUUUUAUUGUUGACGUUCUGUGUUUCUUGGCAAACCAGGCCUGUAUCGAGGCAGAUGUAUUUUUAUAAUAAAAAAUAACAGUCGGACGCGAGCUCAUUAUUAUUUAUGCCAUUCAUUUAAACGCUGGAUCAAUUUUUAUGCCCGACUAAAUUUCGCGUCCGGUGUUGUUGCUCGGUACCGCAUUCAGGGAGGAAAAAAAAUCGGUAAAGGAAAAAUGAAAUUUUACAGAUAGGAAAUAAGAUGUAACUGUGUUUUAAACAUGGCGGACAUGGUCGAUAGAGAAACCGGAGGUUACGAAGCAGAAUUUCUGAUACCGGUUCCUGAAGAAUACGAAUGUCCUAUUUGUCAGCUAGCAUUUCGCGAUCCAGUUCAAAUCGAGGAUUGUGGCCAUCGAUUUUGUCAAUCAUGUCUACAAGAGUUAAAACGAAGGCAAGGAAGCCCAUGUUUAUGCCCUCUGGAUAGAAAACCAAUUUCAUCUUCCAAGAUCUUUGUCGAUAAGGCAGCAAAGCGAGCCGUUUUAUCACUCGGCGUGAAAUGUGCUAAUUGGAAAAGAAAAUGUGAUUGGACUGGAGAUCUUAUUUAUGUUGAGGAGCACAUGAAAAACUGUGCGUACGAAGAUGUCCAUUGUACAAACGUGGAAUGUAAUGAACUCAUGCCUCGCCGAACGCUUCAGUAUCAUCUGGUGUCAAAGUGCCGUUGGAGGGUGGUGUCGUGCCAGUUUUGUUCAGAGAUGUAUACCUACAAGGAUAGUAAGAUUCACAUGAAAGUAUGCAAGCGAAUCCCUUUGGAGUGCGUCAACAAGUGUGGAACUAAAGAGAUUCCUCGAGAGGAAAUGUCUUUUCAUUUGACUGAGUGUCCGCUGGCAAUCCAUCCAUGUCCUUAUCAAGACAUUGGUUGCGUAUUUAAGGGAAAACGCGACAUUCUUGAAGACCAUUCUAAGACUGCGGUUCACACACAUCUGAGCUUAGCUCUUCUUAAAAUUCGUGAAAAUGAGAGCCGAAGUACUUGUACAAACGGCGUCUUCAUCUGGAAAAUCAGCAAUUAUAAACAACAGUACGAACAGGCUGUUGCUUCACCUGAAGACCUGGCUAUCUUCAGCCCACCAUUUUACUCAUGCCAAUACGGAUACAAACUGAGAUUAAAAGCCUAUCUCCAAGGCCGUGAUCGCGGCAAAUCAACGCAUUUAUCAUUGUACAUUAUCAUAAUGAAGGGAGAUUAUGAUGCGUUACUUGAGUGGCCCUUUAAACAAAAGAUAACUUUUUAUCUCAUCGAUCAAGGCGAGCAGAAAGCGCAUCGUACACAUCAGCUCAGCCCGAAUCGAUCACUACCUAACAUUAAAGUUGUGUUUAAUCGACCUACUAUGAAAGAAAACCUCGGCAUUGGUAACCCGUGUUUUGUACCACACGAAAUGCUUGAGUCUGGCGACUUUAUCAAGGACGAUGCUAUCUUUAUCAAAGCAGUUGUUGAGCCAUCAAAAGCAACUACUUAACUUGUUUAAUUUAGGUAAAAACUCGGGGUUAACGCAACUUAAUCCUAAAUAAUCCUUGCUCUUUUUUCACUGUGUAGCCACAAUUGGCAAGAUGACAUAUAAACUGAAAAAGUACAA